CGUUCAUUUCCUGGCCACAUAGCUGGCGGAGCGAGGGAGCCCGCAAGACCGAGACAUUGGGGGCAAAGCCUUGCCACCUGGGCCACAUCAUGUCCACCAAAGCGGAGCAGUUUGCUUCCAAGAUCCGCCACUUGCAGGAAUAUCAUAACCGGGUCCUCCACAACAUUUAUCCUGUACCUUCGGGAACUGACAUCGCAAAUACCCUGAAAUACUUUUCUCAGACCUUGUUAAGCAUUUUGUCCCGCACAGGGAAGAAGGAAAGCCAAGAUGCCUCCAAUUUGACAGUGCCCAUGACCAUGUGUCUUUUUCCUGUGCCAUUCCCACUCACCCCAUCUCUAAGACCACAGGUCAGUUCCAUCAACCCUACUGUUACUCGCUCCCUCCUUUACAGCGUCCUGCGAGAUGCUCCAUCUGAACGUGGCCAGCAAAGUCGUGAUGCUCAAUUAUCAGAUUACCCUUCAUUGGACUAUCAAGGCCUUUACGUGACUUUGGUGACUCUGCUGGAGCUCAUUCCAUUACUACAGCAUGGUCAACAUGAUCUUGGACAGUCAAUAUUUUAUACAACGACAUGUUUGCUACCCUUUCUUAAUGAUGACAUUCUGAGUACUUUGCCCUACACAAUGAUAUCAACAUUAGCUACCUUUCCUCCGUUUCUACACAAGGAUAUUAUUGAAUAUCUUAGCACAUCUUUUCUACCCAUGGCUAUAUUGGGCUCAUCCAGGAGAGAAGGUGUUCCUGCCCAUGUUAAUCUCUCGGCAUCUUCCAUGUUAAUGAUAGCAAUGCAGUACACAUCGAACCCAGUGUAUCAUUGCCAGUUAUUGGAAUGUCUCAUGAAAUAUAAGCAAGAAGUCUGGAAAGAUUUGCUGUAUGUUAUAGCAUAUGGACCUUCUCAAGUGAAACCACCAGCUGUGCAGAUGCUUUUUCACUAUUGGCCCAAUUUAAAACCUCCAGGGGCCAUAAGUGAGUACAGGGGAUUGCAGUACACAGCCUGGAAUCCCAUCCACUGCCAGCAUAUCGAAUGCCAUAAUGCAAUUAACAAACCAGCGGUGAAGAUGUGUAUAGACCCCUCUCUGUCAGUGGCUUUAGGAGAUAAACCACCACCAUUAUACCUUUGUGAAGAAUGUAGCCAGCGCAUUGCAGGGGAUCACAGCGAAUGGCUGAUUGAUGUUCUCCUCCCACAAGCUGAAAUAUCUGCUAUAUGUCAGAAAAAGAACUGCAGUUCUCAUGUGAGGAGGGCUGUUGUUACCUGCUUCUCAGCAGGGUGCUGUGGUCGCCAUGGAAACAGGCCUGUCCGGUACUGCAAAAGGUGCCAUUCAAACCACCAUAGUAAUGAAGUUGGGUCAUCAGGAGCUACAGCAGAGACACAUCUGUAUCAGACGUCACCUCCUCCCAUCAACACACGGGAAUGUGGGGCUGAGGAACUUGUGUGUACAGUAGAGGCUGUGAUUAGCUUGCUGAAGGAAGCUGAGUUUCAUGCUGAGCAGAGAGAAUAUGAACUAAACCGUCGAAGACAAAUGGGGCUUUCCUCUUCCCAUCAUUCCUUGGAUAAUACUGACUUUGAUAACAAAGAUGAUGAUAAACAUGACCAACGACUGCUCAGCCAAUUUGGAAUAUGGUUCUUAGUGAGUCUUUGUACCCCUAGUGAGAAUACACCCACUGAAAGCUUAGCCAGGCUGGUUAGCAUGGUCUUUCAGUGGUUCCACUCUACAGCUUACAUGAUGGAUGAUGAAGUUGGAAGCUUAGUAGAAAAGCUGAAACCUCAGUUUGUCACCAAGUGGUUGAAGACCGUGUGUGAUGUUCGCUUUGAUGUCAUGGUCAUGUGCCUGCUUCCCAAACCGAUGGAAUUUGCCAGGGUUGGUGGGUACUGGGACAAGUCCUGCAGCACAGUGACUCAGCUAAAGGAAGGUCUCAACCGCAUUCUUUGCCUGAUUCCCUACAAUGUGAUCAGUCAACCUGUGUGGGAAUGCAUCAUGCCAGAAUGGCUAGAAGCCAUCAGAACGGAAGUACCAGAUAACCAGCUAAAAGAAUUCAGGGAAGUUUUAAGCAAAAUGUUUGACAUCGAGCUUUGCCCUCUUCCCUUCUCAAUGGAAGAGAUGUUUGGAUUUAUCAGUUGCCGGUUCACAGGAUAUCCCUCUUCUGUGCAGGAGCAAGCUCUACUAUGGCUUCAUGUAUUAUCAGAGUUAGACAUCAUGGUUCCACUUCAGCUACUAAUAAGCAUGUUUUCUGAUGGAGUUAAUUCUGUCAAAGAGCUAGCAAAUCAAAGAAAAUCAAGAGUCAGUGAGCUGGCAGGGACUCUUGCAGCUCGAAGGGUGAGUGUUGCCUCUGACCCUGGUCGCCGAGUUCAACACCAUAUGUUAAGUCCAUUUCCCAGUCCUUUCCAGAGCCCACUUCGAAGUCCCAUGCGCAGUCCAUUUCGGAGCCCUUUCAAGAACUUUGGACACCCAGGAGGAAGGACUAUAGACUUUGAUUGUGAAGAUGAUGAAAUGAAUCUGAAUUGUUUCAUUCUCAUGUUUGAUCUCCUCCUGAAGCAGAUGGAGUUACAAGAUGAUGGAAUUACCAUGGGCUUAGAAAACAGUCUGUCUAAGGACAUCAUUUCUAUUAUAAAUAAUGUCUUCCAAGCUCCUUGGGGUGGUUCUCAUACUUGCCAGAAGGAUGAAAGAGCUAUUGAGUGCCACUUGUGUCAGUCAAGCAUUCUUUGCUAUCAGCUGGGGUGUGACCUCCUAGAACGACUGGCUCCCAAAGAAGAAAGCCGGCUAGUGGAGCCUACAGACAACCUUGAGGAUAGUCUUCUCUAUUCCCGGCCUGAGUUUAUAAUAGGCACUGAAGGAGAAGAGGAAGAAAACCCUGUUGCAAAGCAUGGAGAGAAUCCAGGAAAUCACACUGAACUCCCUGAAAACAUUGCAAUAAAGAAUGACACUGAAAGAAAAUUUUGUUACCAGCAACUUCCAGUAACUCUAAGGCUAAUAUAUACCAUUUUCCAGGAAAUGGCAAAGUUUGAAGAGCCUGAUAUUCUUUUUAACAUGCUUAAUUGUCUGAAGAUUCUCUGUCUUCAUGGAGAGUGUUUGUACAUUGCAAGGAAGGAUUAUCCACAGUUUUUAGCCUACAUUCAGGAUCAUAUGCUAAUUGCAAGCUUAUGGAGAGUCAUCAAGUCAGAAUUCUCCCAGCUGUCUUCACUAGCAGUUCCUCUCCUUCUUCAUGCUUUGUCACUUCCUCAUGGUGCUGAUAUCUUCUGGACAAUCAUAAAUGGCAACUUCAAUAGUAAAGACUGGAAAAUGAGGUUUGAAGCAGUGGAGAAAGUGGCAGUCCUGUGCCGGUUUCUGGACAUUCAUUCAGUGACUAAAAACCAUCUGCUGAAGUACUCUUUGGCGCAUGCCUUCUGCUGCUUUCUGACAGCUGUAGAGGAUGUCAACCCUGCGGUGGCUACAAGAGCAGGGCUCUUGCUUGAUACCAUAAAGAGGCCAGCUUUACAGGGCCUAUGUUUAUGCCUUGACUUCCAGUUUGAUACAGUUGUUAAGGAUAGACCCACAAUUCUUAGCAAGCUUUUACUCCUACAUUUUCUUAAGCAAGAUAUACCUGCAUUGAGCUGGGAAUUUUUUGUUAAUAGAUUUGAGACCCUUUCUCUGGAGGCUCAGCUGCAUUUGGAUUGCAACAAAGAGUUUCCUUUUCCAACAACGAUCACUGCUGUAAGGACCAAUGUUGCUAACCUCAGUGAUGCAGCAUUGUGGAAGAUCAAGAGGGCUCGUUUUGCAAGGAAUCGCCAGAAAAGUGUGCGUUCUCUGAGAGACAGCGUGAAAGGGCCUGUGGAAUCAAAGAGGGCACUAUCCCUUCCUGAAACUCUAACCUCCAAAAUUCCUGUGAGGUUGACCAGGCAUGAGCAGUCUGCUCCAGCUCUCGGUGGAACACCUGAACAAACGCCAGGGCAACAGUCUCCUGAGAAUGAUAACACGAUAAAGGACCUGCUUCCCGAGGAUGCUGGGAUUGACCAUCAGACAGUUCACCAGCUGAUUACCGUUUUAAUGAAGUUUAUGGCUAAAGAUGAGAGCAGUGCAGAGUCAGAUAUCAGUAGUGCUAAGGCCUUUAACACUGUCAAACGGCACCUUUAUGUUUUACUUGGUUAUGACCAGCAAGAAGGAUGCUUUAUGAUUGCCCCUCAAAAAAUGCGCCUCUCAACUUGUUUCAAUGCAUUUAUUGCUGGAAUUGCACAAGUGAUGGAUUAUAACAUCAAUCUGGGAAAACAUCUUCUUCCUUUAGUGGUUCAAGUGCUUAAGUACUGCUCUUGUCCUCAGCUGCGACAUUACUUUCAACAGCCGCCUCGUUGCUCCCUCUGGUCCCUGAAGCCUCAUAUUCGGCAGAUGUGGUUGAAGGCCUUACUUGUUAUUCUUUAUAAGUAUCCAUACCGAGAUUGUGAUAUCAGCAAAGUUAUGUUACAUCUGAUCCACAUAACAGUCAAUACGCUCAACGCACAGUAUCACAGCUGUAGACCUCAUGCUACUGCAGGACCUUUGUACAGUGACAACAGUAACAUCAGCAGAUACAGUGAGAAAGAAAAAGAGGAAGAUAGUGUUUUUGAUGAAUCUGAUAUUCAUGAUACACCUACUGGACCCUGCAAUAAGGAGUCUCAAACUUUUUUUGCAAGAUUGAAAAGGAUAGGCGGCAGCAAAAUGGUGAAAUAUCAACCGGUUGAGAUGAAUGUGCAGAGAAGUGAAAUAGAACUGGCUGAAUAUAGAGAAACGGGUGCAUUUCAAGACAGCAUUCUACGCUGUGUGAGAGAAGAAAGCAUUCAGAAAAAAAAGCUGCGCUCUUUAAAACAAAAAUCUCUUGAUAUAGGGAAUGCAGACUCCCUGUUGUUUACAUUAGAUGAGCAUCGUAGGAAGUCCUGCAUAGACCGGUGCGAUAUAGAUAAGCCAUCUACCCAUGCCGCUUACAUCACACACAGACAUAAUGAUUAUGGAAGACCCAGACAGAAUUCUUCUACCAGGCUGGACAAUGCAGAAAUCCCCGAGAACCCCACUAUAGAGGGUUUUCAGGAAACCCGAAGACCAGUAAUACCAGAAGUCAGAUUAAAUUGCAUGGAGACAUUUGAGGUAAAAGUUGAUUCUCCAGAAAAACCUUCUACUCCUAAAGAGGAUUUAGAUCUUAUUGAUUUGUCAUCAGAUUCUACAUCAGGGCACGAAAAGUGCUCUAUCCUUUCCACGUCAGACAGUGACUCUCUUGUCUUUGAGCCUCUUCCUCCUCUCCGAAUAGUGGAAAGUGAUGAAGAGGAGGAAAUGAUGGAACAAAGUACCGAGGGUGUCUCUACAAAAAACAUUUUGUCUUUUCCUUCAACUCCCACUGGACCAUCUGUGCUCAGUUUAAGUACAACUCCUCUUGUGCAAGUUAGUAUAGAAGAUUGCUCUAAAGAUUUUACUUCUAAAGACAGAAGAAAUAGUCAGUCAUCAGGGAAAAAGGACUCCCCUCCUCAGCUUUCUGAAGAACCAAAAGAUGGUGAAGAGUUGUCAAAGCUGGAGACACUUCAAGAAUUUUCCUGUGGUAGCCCUCUCACUCUGAAGCAGAAGCGAGAUCUUCUGCAGAAAUCUUUUGCCCUUCCUGAGAUGUCAAUUGAUGAUAGCACUGAGAUUAGCAUGGAGGAAGAAAAGGAAGGUGAACAAAGCUCAAGUUCAUGUGCCAAAACAGUCCUCCUUAAAGUUCCUGAAGAUGCUGAGAGUCAGUCUGAAAGUGAAAAGCCUGAUGCUGGUGCUGAAUCUGACACAGAGCAGAAUGCUGAGCAAAAGACAGGAGAGGAUGGAACUGAGGAGUCUGAAUUUAAGAUCCAGAUCGUACCUAGGCAAAGGAAGCAGAGGAAGAUUGCAGUCAGUGCUAUCCAGAGAGAGUACCUGGACAUUUCCUUCAACAUUCUAGAUAAACUGGGAGAGCAGAAGGAGUCAGAUCCUUCUGCUAAAGGACUUUCAACUUUGGAAAUGCCCAGGGAAUCUUCCUCUGCACCAACUUUAGAAGCAGGUGUUCCAGAAACAAGUAGCCAUUCUUCUAUAUCAACUCAGUAUAGGCAGAUGAAAAGGGGAUCAUUGGGAGCUCUGACAAUGAGCCAGUUAAUGAAGCGACAGCUGGAACAUCAGUCUAGCGCCCCUCACAACAUCAGCAACUGGGACACUGAACAGAUACAGCCUGGGAAGCGUCAGUGUAAUGUGCCAGUAUGCCUAAAUCCAGAACUGGAAGGACCCCCGCUAAGAAUGAGAGGUGCUACUAAGUCCAGCCUGCUAUCAGCGCCCAGCAUAGUCAGCAUGUUUGUACCUGCACCAGAGGACUUCACGGAUGAGCAGCCCACGAUGAUGACUGACAAAUGCCAUGACUGUGGGGCCAUCCUUGAAGAAUAUGAUGAAGAAACAUUAGGAUUAGCCAUUGUAGUGCUCUCCACAUUCAUCCACCUAAGUCCAGAUCUUGCAGCUCCUUUGUUGUUGGAUAUCAUGCAGUCUGUGGGAAGAUUGGCAUCCAGCACCAGUUUCUCCAACCAAGCAGAAAGCAUGAUGAUCCCGGGUAAUGCUGCAGGGGUGGCAAAGCAGUUUCUUCGCUGUAUCUUCCAUCAGUUAGCACCCAAUGGGAUAUUCCCACAGCUGUUCCAGAGCAGUAUAAAAGAUGGGAGCUUUUUAAGAACCUUAGCUACAUCUCUCAUGGACUUCAAUGAACUUAGUUCUAUUGCUGCUCUCAGUCAGCUGUUGGAGGGUUUGAAUAACAAAAAGAAUUUGCCAGCAGGGGGUGCCAUGUUACGCUGCUUAGAAAACAUUGCCACUUUUAUGGAAGCUUUGCCAAUGGAUUCUCCAAGCAACCUCUGGACUACCAUCAGUAACCAGUUUCAGACUUUCUUUACCAAACUGCCUUGUGUUUUACCUCUAAAGUGUUCUUUAGAUUCCAGUUUGAGAAUAAUGAUCUGCCUCCUGAAGAUACCUACCACCAGUGCUACAAGGAGUCUGCUGGAACCAUUUUCAAAACUUCUCAGCUUUGUCAUUCAAAAUGCUGUCUUCACGUUGGCCUACCUGGUGGAAUUGUGUGGCUUAUGUUAUAGAGCUUUUACUAAGGAACGGGAUAAAUUCUACUUGUCUCGUAGUGUUGUCUUAGAGCUACUCCAAGCUCUGAAGUUAAAGUCUCCUUUGCCAGAUACAAAUCUACUACUGCUGGUCCAGUUUGUUUGUGCAGAUGCUGGAACCAAACUAGCUGAGUCGACAAUCCUGCACAAGCAGAUGAUCGCAUCCAUGCCUGGAUGUGGAACAGCAGCUAUGGAAUGCAUGAGACAAUACGUUAAUGAAGUACUGGACUUUAUUGCUGACAUGCAUACAUUAACCAAACUUAAGAGUCACAUGAAGACAUGCUCUCAGCCUUUACAUGAAGAUACCUUUGGUGGACAUCUUAAAGUUGGGUUGGCUCAGAUUGCAGCCAUGGAAAUCACAAGAGGCAACCAUAGGGAUAAUAAAGCUGUUAUUCGCUACCUCCCCUGGCUCUACCAUCCUCCUUCUGCAAUGCAACAAGGACCUAAAGAAUUCAUUGAGUGUGUUUCUCAUAUCCGCUUGCUGUCCUGGCUGCUUUUGGGUUCACUCACACAUAACUCUGUGUGUUUAAAUCCCUCAUCUCCCUGUAUGCCAAUUCCUCUGGAUGCAGGGUCCCACAUUGCAGAUCAUCUUAUCGUUAUUCUGAUUGGAUUUCCUGAGCAAUCAAAGACAUCUGUGUUGCAUAUGUGUUCCCUCUUCCAUGCAUUUAUCUUCGCUCAACUAUGGACGGUCUACUGUGAACAAACUGCUGUUGCGCCCUCUGUCCAAAAUCAGAAUGAAUUUAGCUUUACAGCCAUCCUCACUGCACUGGAGUUCUGGAGUCGCGUCACACCAAGCAUCCUACAGCUAAUGGCACAUAACAAAGUGAUGGUAGAAAUGGUGUGUCUCCAUGUGAUCAGCUUGAUGGAAGCACUGCAAGAAUGCAAUUCAACCAUUUUUGUCAAGCUUAUACCUAUGUGGCUGCCAAUGAUUCAGUCAAACUUGAAGCAUUUAUCAGCUGGACUACAACUACGACUUCAAGCAAUUCAGAACAAUGUGAACCACCACAGCCUAAGGAUGCUGCAGGGCUCAGGACAGACAAGCACGAGCUCAUCCGCACUCCGGAAGUGGCUCCAGUGCACCCAGUUCAAAAUGGCCCAGGUGGAAAUCCAAUCCUCAGAAGCUGCCUCCCAGUUCUACCCUCUAUGAACAGGGCGUGUUGCUUCUAGCGUGAACACUCUGGUUCAGCAAUAACGGGAUUCCAGACAAAUACUAGGAUCCACGCAGGUUUGAGAAGGCAUUGGGGACCUCUGCACCCCCUCUGUAGUUUAGAUACAGACAUGCGGAGCCUGCCGAUGGCCGUGUCGAAGCCUUCCUGCUUCACCUGUUUCUGACGUCUCCUUGGGCUAGCCGAUUAAGUGUUUCCUUACAUUCUUUUUUAAGAACCAAAUCAUUUCUCUUUAACUGACUUCUAUUUUUUUUAAGAAGAAAAAAAAAUAGACUGGUGGGCACUCACAGAAAAGUUGUAUAAGUCCCCCUGUUGCUAUUUUUGAUGACAGAGAAUAAAUAGGGUUUUUGAAGCCUUUUAGUGUUUUUUCUUAAAACCGACUCUUGGCAAUGCAAUAAAACUCCUCACCGUGCGCCGGUGACACCCUACGGAGGCUUGGGGUCAUGAUCAUGGGAAAAAGCGGCAGCUUGCAAGGAGCAUUACAAAGUGCACUUAGAAAUUAGGGGGUUUAACUGUGCCAAUUCUUCCUCCCUUUCUUUUUUUCCUUUCUUUCCCUUUUUAUAAUAUCGUUUUCCAAAACUGUCCAGUAUGGUGGCUUAUUUUUAAAACAAUUGCAACAAACAACAAAAACUAGAUUUUUUGACUCCUUAGUUUGAGGCUGUACUUUCUUCUUGUAAGCUUUAGGAUAACCCUUUUAGUUUUAUGAAUAAGAAAUUUUAUUCUUUUCGUAAUACUUGUAUACAAUUCCAUUGGGAUAAAAAACAAACUGUAGAUUGCAUACCAACCUAAUGGAAUCCUAGCACUGGCACGUAACACUGCAUAUGGAAUUACAUUCCUAAAGCUGAAUUUUAAUAGUGCAAGAGCACUGAGAUGCGAUGGCACUUAUGAUCAGCAUUUGACUGUGCAUUCACAAAUGGUACUUCUCUUCUUUUAUUCCUGUAAUGCACUGACAAAAAGAAGAAUUAAUACACGUUUAAGCUGUAUAUUAACAUGCUAUUAAAUGCAUAUUCUUUAUUAUCUUUGAGAGCCUGAGGGUUUUCUUUUUAAAAAACUAAUUUAUAGGUCAAAAGGGAUGAAUAUUCCUUAGGGAUAUUAUAGAGGGGAUUCCUGCUUCAAGCAGUGUUUGGACUAUAUACCUUCUGAGGUCAAAAAACCAACAAAUAUUACUAAAGCUCCUACUCUAUGAGAAGGUCCAUAGGAUAAAACAAAAAUAAAGUGAAGCAAGGGCCAGAGGAAAGAACAAGUGGCAGGACAAAUAUAAGGUGAGUAUAGGGAAGCUAUUAUAACAAUGGUCAGUAGUGUUAGUAGUAACAGAGACCUCAGUGAGGAUAUUAGCCAUGUCAAUAGAAUUAAAUAGGUUUGAGAGAUGUUUCUGUGACAAUUGAUAGGAUCAGAAAAGGAUGGUCUAAUGUGUUCUCAGAGGACCUGUGUUCCAUUCUCUGUUACUUGCUUGUCACUUGUAACCUUGAACAGAGCACUUAAUAUCUCUAAACUUCUGUUUCCUUCUCUAGAAUGAAAGGUUUAAAUUGAAUGACUUCUAAGGGUCUGAGUAGAUCUAAAUCUAUAAUUCUAUGAUUUCAUGAAGGGAUUUUGUUAUUUGACUAUGGGGGUAGGGUAAAUCAAGGUAGUGGAAAACUCAAAGAUAAGUCUGAGAUUAUAAUCCUAUUUAACUAAGAGAACAAUGGCGCCAGAAAAAGGGUAGAUUUUGAGGGGCUACUAUAAUGUAUUUAGUUUUGCUCUUAUUUAGUUUGAGAUGUUAAUAAUCUAGGUGAAUAUGACCAACAAGUAGUGGGGGAUGUAAGAUUGGAGUUCAGAAGUAAAAGCAGGACCAGAUAGAUAGAUUUGGGAAUCAUUUACAAGAAAUGAUUAUUGAAACCAUGAGGAUGGAAGAGAUCAGCGGGAGAGAGACAGAGAAAGAGACAGAGAGGUAGACCAAAAAAUACAUAGAGAAAAAAGGGCCCACUACAGAUACUUGGAGGACAUCGAGGGAUAGAUUGAUACAUCCCUUUCAACUCUGAGGUUCUAUGUAAGCUCCUUGAGGGCAAAUAUAAUAAUAAUUCUUAGUAAUAAUAGUAGCCCCUUGGGUGCCUAGUAUAGUUUUGUACAUGAUUAGAUACUUAAUUUUUUAAUGGGAUAGAGUUGAACUGAUUCCUAUGAAUGGGCUGGGUCUUGAUGAAAAUUCUUGAAUUACAUAUUUUUCAAUUUUCCUAGAGCAAUUUGUAACACAAAAUCUCAGAACUGUGAGGCUAACUCAGAGAACAUCUAGUCCAACCUUAACCUGAACAGGAAUCCCUUCUACCACAUUACAAGUAAUCAGGCAUUCAAUUCAGUUCUUAUAAUGAACUUACUACUUCCUGAGGCAGCCCAUUCUAUUCUGGGAUAGCUUUUACAGUUAGGAAGCUUUUCCUUUAUUCUUAAAAAAAAUGCUAUUUUUUAUCAUACAUGUUUCCAUGCCAUCAUUCUUCAUGAGACUGAGAUUAUAGAUCAUAGAUGAAGAGCUGGAAAAGACUUUAGAGAGUUAUUUUAUUCAAUCCCCUCACUUUAUAGGUGAGAACCCAACUUCUUAAACUGUGGUUUAAGAUCCCCAAAAGGGACUCAUAACUGAAUGUGGAAGUCAUGAAAUUAUGAUUCAUGAUUAGUAAAUAUUUUAUUUUAUACCUGUUUUAUAUACUUAUAUAACCAGGGUUGCAUAAAAAUUUCUUGCAUGAAAAGAGGUUGCAAAUGGGAAGUUCUAGAUGAGAAGAAAUUAAACUACUUGCCCAAGGUCACACAGAAAGUUACAGGAACAGGAUUUGAAACUAGUUCAAACUCUGAUUCCAAGUCCAGUCCUAGUAUGUGAGAACAAAGGAAUAAAUAACCUUUCAUUUUUUAAAUUCCCAGUGCCUAGCAUAGUACACAGUAGGUAAUUAUAUUAAUAAUUAAUUGAUAUUUGCUAAACUAUUGAAUUUUAAACUUUCUAACAGCCAUUACAACCAAAAUUGCUUGCGACAAGGAGCAGAUUAUACUUGGUUAUUUUGUUGGAAACAAGAAUGAAUUUGGAAUAUAUACUCCAAGCAGGAUACCCCCACAACCUACAGGGCCUGAGAUAAUUCAUUGCUUCAUUAAUUAUUUAAGAGGUUCCACUUUUCUUGUAGGGGGUCAAAUGUUUUAAUACUUUAUAGAGAUGAGUAAUACCUCCAGUGCUAAGAAUGUUGACUCGAGUCCUAACAAUUAAAACUCUCCAAAAAUAGAAUGAGCUGCCUGGAGGGGAUGGGAGGAGGGAGGAAUUUGAUUUUUUCACCCCUAAUGGUCUGCAAGCAGUGAUCAAAAGGUCAGUUUUGGGGAAUGGUGUACAGGAAAUUUUUGCAUUUGGUAGAGGAUUUGGACUAGCCUUGUGAUUUGGAGCAAAUUCAGGUCUUUGAGCAAAAAUUCCUCAACUGUAAAAUGGAGAUACUAACAUGGGUCCUACCUACCUCACAGGGUUGUUGUGAGGACUAAAUGAUGUUGUAGAAAAAUUCUUGGUCAGAUACUGUAUAACUUGAACCAGAUCAGGGAUUCUUAACCUUUGGUCCUUGAACUUGGUAUGUAUUUUUUAAAAGUAUUUUGACAAUUGUAUUUCAAUAUAAUUGGUUUCCUUUGUAAUCCUAUA